AUGAGCAAAAGGAGUAACGACUUUAAAACUCGUUCUGAAGACAAGCGCGUUGCUACCCUGGAUUCUUCCAUUGUAUCGCAAUACACAGGUUAUUUCCCUCCUCAUAAGGACACCAAGAUUGAUGUCAUCGAUUUGCCAAGCACGGCCGAAGCCAUCAACAGUUUUUAUGAAAACUACGUUAUCGCCCGGAAACCGUGUAAAAUCAAAGGUGUUUGUUUUCGUGAAAUACUACUCGAAGGAUUGAGCCCUGCAAAUAUUAACUCCACACUCCCUGGGGAUGAGAUCCUACAGGUAGAACGGAAGGUAGACGGCGGGUUUGGAAGCGGUGAGAAGAGGCUAAAAAUGAGUUUCGAAGAAUUUAUGAACAAAGUGGUCAAUGAUGGUAACGACUUAUAUCUAACUACGCAAUACGUUGAAGACGAUCCAGAUCAGGAAGAAGAAUCCUUCAGUGAUGAGGGAAAUGAUAGUGAGGAGGAAGAAGCUCCAGAGGGGUUCGCAGACUUAUCUGACGCAGAGUCUCUCAACUUCAAUGACGCGCAUGAUGAUUUCGAGGAGCUGAAUGGAAGCGACGAAGACGACAGUAUCGUGGCAGAAUUGUGCACCGGUUCUCUCACGACUCAAGAAGCCGAGCAGCGUAUUAAGGAACUUUAUCAACCGCCCAUGACCAAUCUAGUUAAACGGUUGCCUGAAACUCCAAAAUUCUUAGCAUCACUAAUACCGCAACAGAUAAACCUCUGGAUUGGAUCUGCAUCUUCUACUACAACAAAUGAUGUAUUUUUGAACAACUUUGAUGCCACGAAGCCCAAGCUCGGUUUAGGAAGAAAUGUACCAGGUGAGGGCUCAUCUUCUGGACUCCAUCACGACCAUGCCGACAAUAUAUAUAUCCCAAUUAAUGGCCACAAAAGAUUCACACUAUUCUCUCCUGGGGAUGCCGCUAAAAUGUACACAGUAGGUGAUCUUCGCAAAGUUUUUGAUUCUGGUGUUAUCGACUACGUUCGCAACGGAGCAGCACCUAGUUGGAGAAUGCUCCGAGAUGACGGCGCAGUAAUUGCAGAGGUCGCAAAGCAAAAGCUGGAAUCUCACGACACCUUAAGCGAAGAUAAAAAGCAAGAGUUGUUACGUAUAAUUGAAGCAGAUGAAAGCGACUUACAAGAGAUUGACGCACACACCGAUCCUCCUUCUUUCUCGAAUAUCCCGCCUAGCGUAGUGCACUUAGACAAGAUAAAGGAUUCUCCAUUGAAAACCGAAAUUGAGGCAGCCGCUAUAAAAAAGUGGCCACUUUUCUUUGAUGCCAACCGGAUAACGGUCGAUUUACAUCCGGGCGAAAUGCUCUUUCUCCCUACCGGCUGGUUUCAUGAGGUGACAUCUUUUGGGAAUGCCAAAAAAUCAAUUCCUGAGGAUAAACUGCAUAUUGCCGUCAACUACUGGUUUAUCCCACCUAAUGGAAAGUCAAUUUCUAACCUUUAUCCACAUGAGGACCGCUACUGGCCACUAGACUAUGAUCGUACAAAAAUAGCUUUGAGUAGGGCUAGAUUAGAAACUUGA